UAACCGUUUGUACGGGUAUAAAACGCCAACACCGGUGCGUUUAGCAUUCUCCAUUUUUCUUGCGAUUAAAUAAAUCUCUCGAGAUUUUAGGGAUUCGUGUUCACUCUUGCCGCUCUUGCACCUCACUCACUGAUUUCAAUCUUCAACUUUGCGCAAGUGUUGUUUAGUUUGAUUGUUGUGGAAAAAGUUGAAUUGGUUUGAGAGGAGAAAAUGCGGAAUAAAGAACCGGUGUUGGAUGAUGGGGAAGUGGUGUAUGAGGAUGGUCCGGGUUGUGGGUGGAAUGAUUUUGAGGAUGAGGAUGUAAUGCAGCAGACAUCUUCUAUUCAUGAUGAUGAAGCCAAGAAGCUUCCGUAUGUGGGUGACAAGGAACCACUAUCUAGCUUGGCUGCUGAAUAUCAAUCAGGCAGUCCUAUCUUACUGGAGAAAAUCAAGGUGCUUGCUGAGCAAUAUGCUGCCAUUCGGCGUACUCGGGGAGAUGGAAACUGCUUCUUUCGAGGCUUUAUGUUUUCAUACCUUGAGCAUCUUUUGGAAGCUCAAGACAAAGUAGAAAUUGAACGCAUCAAAGCCAAUAUUGAGAGAAGUAGAAAAGCACUUCAGACCUUGGGUUAUGCAGAAUUGACUUUUGAAGAUUUUUUUACGCUAUUCCUUGAGCAGCUGGAAGAUGUAAUUCAAGGGAAAGAGACUUCCAUAAGUCAUGAAGAGCUUGUGCUUAGAAGCCGAGAUCAAUCUGUAUCUGAUUAUGUUGUUAUGUUCUUCAGAUUUGUUACUUCUGCUGCAAUACAAAACCGCUCAGAAUUUUUUGAACCUUUCAUAAUGGGUUUAACCAAUACAUCAGUUGAGCAGUUUUGCAAAUCAGCUGUUGAACCAAUGGGAGAAGAGAGCGACCAUGUGCACAUUACUGCCCUUUCAGAUGCAUUGGGUGUUCCCAUCCGUGUUGUGUACCUCGACCGCAGCUCAUGCGAUACCGGCGGUGUCAGUGUAAAUCAUCAUGAUUUCAUUCCAUCUGCUGGUGAUCUCCCAAGUUCAAGUGGUAGCUCUGAAAAGAAGAAUCCCUUCAUCACAUUGCUAUACCGUCCCGGUCACUAUGAUAUCCUCUAUCCAAAGUGAGGGUGCAGACCUUUUAUUUGUUACUUUUUCGGCGAUCUUUUGAGCAGCAAACAACUAUAGACUGAGGUUGGUUGUUAAGAAGGGCAUAUAUACUCACCAUGUCUUGUCUUGUUAAUGCUGAAUGGUCAAAUAUGUCUGGAAUGUUAUAACAUGUUUUGAAAGUUUGAUCAACAAAGUAAGCCAACAUUAGCGCAUUAAUAAUCAAAACUCACCAUUUUAUGUUGCUUCAUAAUUUAUCGGUCAUAAUUUCAUUCUUCC